UCUGAAGUGGAGUUUUUAACAGUGUGCGGGUUGAAAGGAGAAAGCUAGCGUUUCAAACAUCAUCGAGCAGGACUCUCAGCAUCUCCUCCAGACAAUGGGCAAAGCACGCUACCUGUGAGCGCAAUAAUUUACCGUCGGAUAACACAGAGUUUGGCUCGGGGACGAGGAACGAAGCUUUAAGGAGCUGCAGCUCUUCUGCUGUGAGGACAAACCACCACUCCGCUCCAAAGCCACACCAGAGUCUUAAGAUGCCCUAAGCUGGAGAAGGAAAUGUAAAUGGCUUCCAAAGUAAAAGAUGCUGUUGUUUGGUACCAGAAAAAGAUUGGAGCCUAUGACCAGCAGAUAUGGGAGAAAUCAGUGGAGCAAAGAGAAAUAAAGUUUAUUUCUCUGGGCUUGAGGAACAAGCCAAAGAAGACGGGACACGUCAAACCAGAUCUGAUAGAUGUGGAUUUAGUUAGAGGUUCAGCGUUUGCCAAGGCCAAACCAGAGAGUCCGUGGACGUCACUGACCAGGAAGGGCCUCGUCAGAGUCGUUUUCUUCCCCUUCUUUUACCGAUGGUGGAUUCAGGUCACCUCUAAAGGCAUCUUUCUACUGCUGUUGGCUCUGUAUCUGCUGCAAGUGGCAGCAGCAGCCCUCUAUGCGACCAUCUCCCAGCCUCAUGGGAUCCCAGCCACCGAGGUGUUUGGAGCCAUCUGGCUCAUGCUGCUGCUGGGAACCGUCCACUGUCAGAUCGUUUCCACCAGGACCCCAAAACCCGCCUCCAGCAGCGGCGGCAAGAGACGCAGGAAGUUGAGGAAGGCAUCUCAGAUGGAGGUGCAUAGGGAAGGAGACGGGUCUAGCACUACCGAUAACACACAGGAGGGGGCGCCACAUUCUCACUCAGCCAGCACCACAUACAGCCUGGGUGCUUUCUUCCAAGAUUUCUGGCAUGAUAUCUGUAAAGCUGGGUCCAAGAAGUCCAAGCUGUCCAUCGAUAAAUCGACGGAGACUGAUAAUGGCUACGUGUCCCUGGAUGGACGGGUGACCAACCGCAGCAGUGAGGAGGGCCUCCAGCUGCACGAUCAGCGCUGUGACCUACUGACCCGGCCAGAUGAGGCGUGCUGGAACCCUCACAUCCAGCCCUCUCACUCUCCGACGACGCGUGGCCCAGGACUGCUCACAGCAGGCAGCCAUAAGGAGCCUGCAUCUGAUGAAGCUUCCAGCGAGGAGGAUCCUGAAGCCUCCUACAGCGCCCUCCGCAGGGGAGCUGAAAGAAAGAACAGUGACUGUACUCUCCGCAACCGCAAAAAUACACAUCUUUACAAGAAACACUAUGCUGUGGAGGAUGUUCCCAAAUCUGGAACCAGCUGCAGCUCCAGAUGUUCCAGUAUGAGAACCCAGGACUCUGAGAGCACGCGGCACGAGUCUGAAACAGAGGACCUGAUGUGGGAGGACUUCCUGCACUGUGCAGAAUGUAGAUCAUCCUGCACCUCAGAGACGGAGGGAGAAGCAGGAGGGACUUCUGUCUGUCCUCCAUCGAAGAAGGAAUACAGAGAUGAUCCGUUCCAUCAGAGCCAUAUUCCCUGGCUGCACAGCUCCAACCCCGGCCUGGAGAGGGUGAGCGCCAUCGUGUGGGAGGGAAAUGAGUGUAAGAAGGCAGACAUGUCCGUCCUGGAGAUCAGUGGCAUGAUCAUGAACAGAGUGAACCUCUACACUCCUGGCAUUGGCUACCAGGUGUUUGGGAACCUGGUUUCAGUCACUCUGGGACUCACGCCCUUCGUCUACAGGCUGGUUCAGCACUGUGACCUGGAUCAGUUCACUACGCUCUCAGCAAACGAGAUGCUCUCUGUUGCUUUGGGGGGAGGAUCCGAAUCUGAUGCCCUGGUUAUCACCAUGGUAACACUCAGCUUCCUAGUGCGUGUUUGCCUUAUUUGGCUCUUCUUCUUCCUGCUCAGUGUGGCAGAGAGGACCUACAAACAGAGGCUGCUGUUUGCCAAGCUGUUUGGUCACCUGACAUCAGCCCGCAGAGCCAGGAAGUCUGAGGUUCCUCAUUUCCGACUGAAGAAAGUUCAGAACAUAAAGAUGUGGCUGUCGCUGCGCUCAUACCUCAAGAGACGGGGCCCUCAGCGUUCAGUCGACGUCAUUGUGUCGUCAGCCUUCCUCCUCACUCUGUCCGUAGUCUUCAUCUGCUGUGCUCAGCUUCUCCACGUCCAUGAAACGUUCCUGGAGUAUCACUACAACUGGGAGCUGGUGAUCUGGUGUGCCAGUUUGUCUCUGUUCCUGCUCCGGUUUGUAACUCUGGGCUCUGAGACCAGCAAGAAGUACAGCAACACCUCCAUACUGCUUACUGAACAGAUCAACCUCUAUCUAAAGAUGGAGAAGAAGCCAAACAAGAAGGAGGAGCUGACGCUUGUCAAUAAUGUCCUAAAACUGGCAACCAAACUACUCAAGGAGCUGGAUACUCCAUUCAGGUUGUAUGGUUUGACCAUGAAUCCUCUGCUCUACAACAUCACCCAGGUUGUCAUCCUGUCUGCUGUCUCAGGAGUCAUUUCUGACCUACUAGGAUUUAAUCUCAAGCUUUGGAAGAUCAAAUCAUGACGCUCCAGAGCUCUGACCUUCAACGUUUCCACUUUGUGCAAUUCACAUUAUUUAUUUACCCACUCAGUGUUUUACUUAGGGUUUGUUUUAAUUCUAGGUUGUUCAGUUGUGUUCUGUAAACACACAGCAAAACAUGUUAGUAUUAUGAGCCUAAGUUAUGUUCUCAGCUGCACAUGACUUUUUGCUACUCUGCAAAUUCAAAGGCAGAAAGAUAAUCUGUUUUAUUAGCUUAAUUUAUUUUUUUAAGCUACAUUUUUAUUUUAUGCAUCUAAUGCUGAAGAUCACAUACUUGCAGCAAACAGAAGAUGUCUCAUCACAUAAAUAAAUAUAUGGUCCUCACUGUUAUCUAUGCUGUAAACCAGCUUUAUGCGUAUAAACUGAAAACAUUUCAUGUUCCUACCUGAGGAUGCAUUCAUUCUGCAGGUAGAGUCCUCUGGAAAUAAACCAUGAGCUGUUCUCUUCCAGUAGAAGCCACUGGCCCUGCAACAAGCAAUCAGUGGUAUUUACAGCAAUACAUGUGUAGGUAGAGAACCUCUGCUGACUGAGCUGGUAAAACUAAGACGAAUAAAAAAAGAAGCUAUAUAAUAUAAGCAGAAAAAUCUUGGUUUUAGUGUUUUGUAUUAUUUGUAGAUAAACUUCAGUUUCCUUCUGAGAACAUUAAGAUUUUUGAACUGGAAGACGGAAAAGUACGAGUUACUUUUUACGAGAUCAAUAUUUACAUUUGAAGACCGUUUUUUUUAAGUGAUGAUUUAAAAGGCAUUUCCAUAUAUAAACGUUCUAUGUGUGUUAGAGGAAACAUUCAGAGCUCCUCCCUGCAGUAGACCAGAGACAGCAUGUUAAGACCGUCUGUAUGUAAACGAAAAUAUGCACUUUAAGAACAGAUUUGAUGUGGAAGAAAGUUACAGAUGUUUUUGUGGUCACAUUUCUAUAUUGACAAAUCAUUUUCUGAAGGAAAUCCUACGUGGUACGUGAAGUUGUGCUGACAUACAAGAUGCCUCAAGUUUCUAACGUCAUCAUGAAAGCGUUUGAGGAGGAAGACCAAAGUGCUUGCGUUUUAUUGUUUUUUUGUCAUCUCUGCUGGGGAAAAGAAUGUAUUUUUAGCAUUGUGCUUUAAAAUGUAUUUAAUUCCCUUCAGAAAUACUUUUAGUAUUGUGGGUGAGCUGUUUAUUCUUUGCGUUCACCUGAAAGCAGAGGCAUGAUUCAGUUUUUAAAACAUGUUUGAUUUAUAUGAAAAUGUGACGCUGUUUGUCAGAGUUUGAAUAUUUAGAUUUAGUCUCUGUGUGUCUGAGGUCUCUUUUUAAAAAAAUAAA